GAACCAUCACUUCAAUUGAAGAAAUCAAACGUCCAACCAUAUUUUAGUUGUCCCAUUCCAGUGAAAUAAAACAAGCAAAAUGCUUGAUCUCCUAUCUUUAGUCCUCGUGGUCGCGGUUAAGGUUUUUAAGAAAACAACUCCAAAUGGAAAAGUUACGGUCUACCUUGGCAAGCGCGACUUCAUUGAUCAUGUGGAUUACUGCGAUCCGAUCGAUGGAGUUGUGGUUGUCGACACGGAAUAUCUGAAAGGAAGGAAAGUUUACAGCCAGCUCGUCACUACCUACCGAUUCGGUAGGGAGGAAGAUGAAGUCAUGGGAGUGAAGUUUUCCAAGGAGAUGGUGAUUGGCCAGGAACAAGUUGUACCCAUGAUCAACUCAAAAAUGGAAUUAACACCCGUUCAAGAGAAACUGCUGAAGAAACUUGGACCUAAUGCCUUCCCAUUCACCUUCAGCUUCCCCGAGAUGUCACCAAGCUCUGUAACACUGCAACCAUCCGAGGAAGAUCAGGGCAAGCCUAUGGGCGUUGAAUACUGUGUUCGUACCUACGUUGCUGAAAGCGAGGACCAGAAGAGCCACAAGAGGAGCUCUGUUACUCUUGCCAUCAAGAAGCUGCAACAUGCUCCUGCCUCUCGUGGACGCCGCCUUCCUAGCUCCCUCGUCAGCAAGGGCUUCACAUUCAGCAACGGAAAGAUCAGCCUUGAGGUCACUUUGGACAAGGAAAUCUACUACCAUGGAGAGAAGAUCGCCGCCAACCUGAUCGUCUCUAACAACUCCCGCAAAUCCGUCCGCAACAUCCGAUGCAUGGUUGUGCAGCAUGUCGAAAUUACCAUGAUCAACUCGCAGUUCAGCCGCCACGUUGCCUCCCUUGAGAGCCGAGAGGGAUGCCCCGUUACACCUGGAGCCAGCUUGUCCAAGACUUUCUACCUCGUUCCUUUGGCUCGCAGCAACAAGGACGUCCGCGGAGUCGCUCUGGACGGACACCUGAAGGAAGAUGAUGUCAACUUAGCCAGCUCGACCCUUGUCUGCGAAGGCAAAUGCCCUGCUGAUGCUAUUGGUAUCGUUGUCUCGUACUCCGUCCGCGUCAAGCUGAACUGUGGAACUCUUGGUGGUGAACUUGUCACUGAUGUGCCAUUCAAGCUUCUGCACCCAGCUGAAGGCACUGUUGAACGCCAGCGUUUCAACGCCAUGAAGAAGAUGCAAUCCAUCGAGCGACACCGCUAUGAGAACUCGCUCUACACCAACGAGGAAGAAGAUAACAUUGUCUUCGAGGACUUCGCCCGCCUCAGGAUGAACGAGCCAGAAUAAACAAAAAACCAUAAAACACAAAAAAAAAACGAAAAAAAAACUCA